AUGCAUUGCUUAUAUUGGAUAAAAAAUGCUCCAAAACUGGAUGAGGAUGGUGAGGAUGCCGUAUGCAAUUUCAUAAACAAAUACAUUAGUUGCGCAGUGCCCUCAGAGAAGGAAGAUUUGGAACUGAAUGAAAUAGUUUUGGCUGUACAACAGCACAGCAGAAAACAUUCAAAGUCAUGCAGAAAGAAGGGUACGGAUUGUAGGUUUAAUUUUCCCAGACCGCCUUCUGUAUGUACAUUCAUAAAUUCCCCACUCGAGGAAGAGAACGUCGAAAAUUCUACUGGGACUAUUGAUUUGAAACAAGAAGACGCAAUUGCUAAAGAAAUACUUUUGCAAGUUUGGAAUGAAGUGCAAGAUGAUUCAAACGCAUUGAACACUACGGAAGAAAUUUUCGAACAUCUGGGAUUGACACAAGCACAGUACGAGGAAGCUCACAAAAGAUUAUCAAAGAAGAGAUCAGUUGUUCUUCAAAGAAACCCAAAUGAACUAUGGACCAAUCAGUACAACCCAUGCCUUUUAAAAUGCUGGGAUGCCAAUAUGGAUAUUCAGUUUGUUUUGGAUCCAUUUAGUUGUAUUGUUUACGUUAUUUCAUACAUUUCUAAAUCCGAGAGAGAAAUGGGAAUGAUGCUGAAACAAACAAAAUUAGAGGCAGAAGAAGGAAAUGAAAGUGCACGCACAAUCCUAAAGAAAAUUGGAUCUGCCUAUUUGAAUCAUAGAGAAGUGAGUGCACAAGAAGCUGUUUAUCGCAUAUGUAACCUCAAAAUGAAAGAAUGCUCAAGGAAAGUGGUAUUUGUUCCUGUGGGCGAAAAUCCUACUCGACUGACAAAACCAUUAUCUCAACUAAAAAGGAAUGCCAGGAAAAGCAUCGAUGAAAAUGUUGACAAUGAUGAAGAUGAGGAAGAUAUUUGGAUGACAAAUAUUGUAGAGAGGUAUGAAAAUCGACCAGAUGCACCACUGUUCCAGAAUAUGUGCUUGGCUGAAUUUUGCUCUGAAUUCAGAGUACUUGCAAAGUCACAGGUUCCCAAGACUGAAAACGAAAAUGUGUUUAAACUGCAGAAUUCGAAGGGAUACAUCCAAAGAAGAACACGCUCAAAACCAGCUGUGAUUAGAUACCCAAGAUUUGAUGCAGAAAAAAUGUCAGAGAAGUAUUUCCAAUGUCAACUACAGCUCUUUCUGCCGUACUGGACAGGUAUCCAAUUGAAACCUCCUGGCUUUGAUCUUUAUGAAACAUUUUACGAUAAUGGAAAUGUUCGAAUCACAGGAAAGCAAAGGCUGCAAUCGGUCAAAUCCAUUGUAGACGCGAACCGCAUACGUUAUGCUCAAAAUGAACAUGUUAUUGAUGAGGCACAGCAAAGCUUAGAAAAUCUUGGAGAACCAGAAGAUGCUUGGGCAAACCUUUGUCCAGAGACAGAACUUAUGAGACAGGAAUGCACUGCCCAGAAAAACUUGCAUCUUAGUUCAAAUACUGCAGAAGAACUGCCAGACAUGGAAACAGAAGUAAAUUCGGAUGUUCUUUACAAGGUUCAACAGAAUACACAGUCAACAGAGGAAAUGCAACAAACCCUUCGGAAUUUAAAUGAGACGCAAAUGAAGGUGUUUUACUUUGUGCGGGAAUGGUGCUUGAGAAGAAACUUUGGAGAAAAACCUGAUGCACUACAUAUUUUUAUAACUGGUGGCGCAGGAACAGGCAAGAGUCAUCUCAUCAAAUCCAUACACUAUGAGGCAUCCCGAAUACUGCAGAAAAAGUUAACGUCUCCUGACAGUGUUUCAGUACUACUUGCCGCAUUUACUGGAACAGCAGCGUUUAACAUUGGAGGGAACACUAUCCAUCAUUUAUUUUCACUGCCUAAAUAUAUGCCUCUGCCAUAUGAGCCAUUGAAAGAGCAAACUCUAAAUGAAAUGAGAGUUCAACUCUGUGAUCUGCAAAUACUUGUAAUUGAUGAAAUUUCAAUGGUUUAUAAAAAAUUAUUAUACUAUGUCCAUGAAAGACUAGUGCAAAUUAAGAAAUGCAAGGAACCAUUUGGAGGAGUCACAGUGAUUGCAGUGGGGGAUUUCUACCAGCUUCCUCCUGUGAAACAACGCAAAGACGAAAGACUGUAUAAAGACAAUGCUCUUUAUCCUGUUGAUUAUUGGGUAGACUUUUUCAAAGUAGUGGAGCUAACUGAAAUUAUGAGGCAACGUGAAGACAUCCCAUUUGCAACAACACUGAAUUUACUUCGGACUAGAGUAAUAAAGCAAGCACUGGAAGAAGAAACAGCUUCAAUUUUGAACGAUUGUCUAAGAGAAGGACCAGAAGAUGUCCUCCACGUCUAUGCAACAAAUGAAGAAGUCAAUGCAUAUAACUUGAAAAUGCUCAGGAGGACCUGUGAUGACCUUGUUGAGAUCGAUGCACAAGACUUUACAAAAGAUCGAGCAACAGGUAAGCUAAUCUUAAAAAGUAAGCCAGUCACAAGAGCAAGGACGGAUAAUCUUUCUAACUGUUUGUUGAUGGGAAUCGGUGCCAGAGUUAUGCUCACGCGGAACUGCAAUGUGGAUGACGGCCUUGUUAAUGGCGUUAUGGGACGGAUUUCUCAUUUUGUGCAAGGUCAGAAAUAUGGUUCAAACACCAUUGUAGCAGUUGCAGUAAUAUUUGACAAUGCCAAUGUUGGGAAGAAGACAGGAAAGAGAACUAAAUCUGGAAACAUUGUUUUGAUCGAAAGAGUUCAAGAGGAGAUACUAGAACAGAAAGCAAAAAAUGUUGUUCGUCAUCAGUUUCCAUUACGAUUAUCCUGGGCAUGUACAUCUCACAAAGUACAAGGAAUGACAGUUGAAAAAGUUGUGGUUAAUUUAGAUAGGACAUUCUCCCCUGGACAAGGAUAUGUUGCUUUGAGCAGAGUUACAUCAAAGGAAGGUUUAUUUAUUGAAACAAACGAAGCUGAAUCUUUACAAAAGAAGAUAUACGCUGAUCCAGAAGUCAGAGCAGCUUUGCAAGAAAUGCCGAAAUUAACACUUCCUAAUUUUGGUAUAUCAAAACAGGGCAUAGCAAUUUUUCUACACAAUAUACAGAGUCUCAGUAAACAUUUCCUUGAUCUGCAAAAAGAUAUUCGUCAUAGGAAUGCAGAUAUCAUUUGCCUUACAGAGACUUGGUUGAGACCAGGACAAAACGUCAGUUUAUUUGAAUUAAAUGGUUUCAUCUUUCACCAAGCACCAAGAGGAGAGACAUAUGAUGAAAGCAAUGUCCAGGUCUUACAGUUGCGUGCAUCAAAGGGUGGAGGUGUAGCUGUUUAUACGAGAGAGACUGGUAAAGAAAUGGAUGUCUGUUUGCUUCCUUUCAAGAAUGUUGAAGGCAUCUGUGUUAAGUGUGUGUCAGAGGGUAUAGUUGUGUUAACUAUCUAUCGCCCAAAUUCUUUGAAUGCAACUCAAUUCUUAGUUCAACUUGAAAUGGUGAUAGAACAUUACAGAUUGCAAAAGAGGUUCAUUGUUUGCCUUGGCGACUUCAAUGAAGAUGCAAGAUCCUUUGGGGUUAUUCAAACUUUCAUGGGCAAACAAGGUUUUAAGCAAAUGGUUAAUUUUAGUACAACCGAAGGAGCAACUGUCCUUGACCAUGUGUACAUGUCACAUAAUUUAGAGGCAGAAGUGAAAAAAAUCCCAACUUACUACAGUUAUCACGACGCUUUGAUGGUAUCCAUCAGUACAAACACAUAA